CUCAGCUUUCUGGAUGUUCUUGAUGUUCUUUGAUUUCCUCUGAUAUUUUGUCUUACACUUUCUUUGACUCUUCCUUUUAUUAAUUUUCUUCUGAUUAGUGAUCGUAUCUUCAACUGGGCAUGGGAACAGAGAUUCAUUCUUUUGUAAAUCUUUCAAGAGCUCCUGUGUGCUAAAGGAAAAGCGACUCUUCUCAGAAGAUGCUUCAUCUUCAAAGAAUUUAUCUUGAGAAGGGGAGGCACCAAAUAGCUGAUCGAAAGGAUCUAUUCCACUUCAUUUCUUCUGAACAACCUCGUUAGGGUCGAGGUCACAGAUUGAGGGGAAGUCGUUUAACAUUUUAAAGUCUCCCUUGGCAGUCUCUGGUGCAUCGAUGAGUGAGAGUAGUUCAAAGCUAAGGGAUGGCUCUUCAAACAAAGUGCUGUUAUCAUACAACAUUUGGUAUUAG